AUGGGUUCUGCAAAUGGCUCUUCAGUGACUGAGUUCAUUCUUAUGGGAUUAACCAAGCAGCCUGAUCUCCAGUGCCCCCUCUUCAUCCUGUUUCUAGUGAUGUAUGUUGUCACUGUGUUGGGAAAUCUGGGUUUGAUUAGCUUAAUUGAGCUGAAUUCUCAUCUCCACACUCCAAUGUACUUUUUCCUCUUGAACUUGUCCUUUGUUGACCUCUGGUACUCUUCGGUGUUCACACCCAAAAUGUUGGUCAACUUUAGAUCAGAGAAAAACAUCAUUUCCUAUAGAGGAUGCAUGGCCCAGCUUUUCUUUUUCUGUUUUUUGUCCAUUUCUGAGUGCUAUGUUUUGACCUCAAUGGCUUAUGAUCGCUAUGUGGCCAUCUGCAAUCCACUCCUGUAUAAUAUUGUCAUGUCUCCUAAACUGUGUUUGAGCCUUAUGUUUGGUUCAUACAUGAUGGCAUUCUCUGGUGCCAUGGCUCACACAGGGUGCAUGCUGAGACUGACCUUCUGUGAUGCAAACACUAUCAAUCAUUACUUCUGUGACAUCCCUCCUUUGCUUCAACUCUCCUGCACCAGCACCUAUGUCAAUGAGCUGGAGGUUUUUGUUGUUGUGGGUAUCAACAUCCUUGUGCCCAGCAUCACCAUCUUCAUCUCCUAUGGUUUCAUUCUCUCAAAUAUUUUUCAUAUCAGCUCCAAGGAGGGCAGGUCCAAAGCCUUCAGCACAUGCAGUUCCCACAUAAUCGCGAUUUCUCUGUUCUUUGGAUCAGGUGCAUUUAUGUACCUCAAACCAUCUUCUGCUGAAUCUAUGAAUGAGGGCAAAAUCUCCUCUGUCUUUUACACCAACACAGUUCCUCUGCUGAAUCCCUUAAUCUACAGCUUGAGGAACAAAGAUGUUAAAACUGCCUUGAUAAAGACCCUGAGUACGAGAAAGUGUUGA